GGGUUACUCAUCUCCACAUUCCGUGCAUUAGAAGUAGACCCUGCAUCUGAUCUGCAGAUACAGUCAUAGCCCGCUACCCCCAUCACCAGUCCACCCGCAUAACCCGUACUACAGUUCAAGCCAAUAUGGACGGCAUACGCAAAGCCUUCGCUCGGGCGAAGGCAGAGAAGCGUUCUGCUCUCGUGACAUACACUACCGCCGGCUACCCUACCAUUGAAGAGACGCCAGACAUCCUACUGGCUAUGGAAGCAGGCGGUGCGGACAUCAUCGAACUCGGAACGCCUUUCACCGAUCCCAUUGCAGACGGUCCAACGAUACAAGGCGCAAACACACAAGCAUUGAAGAACGGCACAACCACCACGACAUGCCUCAAUAUCGUACGACAGGCACGGAGCCGCGGCCUACGAGCGCCAGUGCUGCUCAUGGGUUACUACAACCCCUUACUUGCGUACGGCGAGGAGCGAAUGCUGCAGGAUGCAAAGGCGGCCGGUGUGAAUGGCUUCAUCAUGGUUGAUCUGCCGCCAGAGGAGGCUGUAAGGUUCCGACAACACUGCACGAACUACGCACUGUCGUACGUGCCACUGAUAGCGCCAGCAACAAGCGAGAAGAGGAUGAAGCUCCUUUGUUCGAUUGCAGACUCAUUCAUCUACGUGGUGAGCCGAAUGGGCGUGACUGGCGCGACAGGCGCGCUCAGCUCAGGCUUGCCGGAACUGUUAACGCGAGUACACAAGUAUUCCGGCGGAGUACCAGCAGCGGUAGGCUUCGGUGUCAGUACAAGAGAGCAUUUUGUCGAGGUUGGCAAGGUAUCCGAGGGUGUAGUUAUUGGGUCUCAAAUUAUCAAUACUUUGAAGAACGCACCUUCUGGUCAGGGAGCGAAGGCGGUAGAGGAGUAUUGCUACAGCAUCACGCAGAGACGCAACCCUCAGCUUUCACAGUCAAAUGGUGAAACGAACGGCACAUCGCACAGCAUUAGCACAGCAGCAAACCCGCAGGGCGAUGGCAGCGGCUGGAUAUCGCAUUCCAACGGCGACAGCGACCUGAAGAAGAUCUCUACAGAGGACCCUACGAAGCAGCCGGCAAGUGAAAGUCACCCAGCAAAUGGCACUGUUCACGUUGACGGAGUGGUAACCGAUUCAGACGGCCCUGGUCUUGCAGACCAAUUAGAAGCUCUGAAUACCUCCGACGAGCAGAAAGAACCGGAGCUCAUACCUUCACGAUUUGGCGAGUUUGGCGGACAAUAUGUUCCAGAGUCGCUUAUGGACUGUCUUGCGGAGCUUGAACGAGGCUUCAACGAGGCACGCAAUGAUCCGAAGUUCUGGGAAGAAUAUCGCAGCUACUACCCCUACAUGUCGAGGCCGUCGACACUCCACAAAGCAGCACGGCUAACCCAACACGUUCGAAAGUCCGCGCAGAAGGGUAAAGGCGCGAAUGUCUACCUCAAGCGUGAAGACCUCAAUCAUACUGGCUCUCAUAAGAUCAACAAUGCUAUUGGCCAGGCAUUACUGGCGAAGAGACUAGGCAAGACCGAAAUCAUCGCCGAGACUGGAGCGGGCCAGCACGGUGUAGCAACCGCAACAGUCUGCGCGCUCUUCGGCUUGAAAUGCACUGUCUACAUGGGUGCGGAGGACGUGCGACGGCAGGCUCUCAAUGUGUUCCGCAUGAAGCUUCUUGGCGCGUCCGUUGUAGCUGUCGAAGCCGGGUCACGCACACUGCGCGACGCUGUGAACGAAGCGCUACGAAAGUGGGUGGAGAAACUCGACACGACGCACUACAUCAUUGGUUCAGCUAUAGGUCCCCAUCCUUUUCCAACCAUUGUUCGGACGUUCCAAUCUGUGAUCGGUUCGGAGACGAAACAACAGAUGCAUGAGCUCACGGGCCGCUUACCGGACGCCGUCGUAGCAUGUGUCGGGGGUGGCAGUAACGCAGUUGGAAUGUUUCACCCAUUUUCUGGGGACAGGAGCGUCAGGCUUCUCGGCGUCGAGGCCGGAGGAGACGGCGUAGACACGGAUAGGCACUCCGCUACCCUCACAGGUGGCAAGCCAGGCGUAUUGCAUGGCGUUCGGACCUACGUUCUUCAAAACGCAGAAGGUCAGAUUACCGAUACACACUCGGUCUCCGCUGGCCUGGAUUAUCCCGGUGUCGGUCCUGAGCUCUCUAGUUGGAAGGACUCCGCACGGGCAACCUUCAUUGCUGCCUCGGAUGCGGAAGCGUUCAUAGGCUUUAGGCUAUUGUCCGAGCUCGAAGGUAUAAUUCCAGCACUGGAGACAAGUCAUGCCAUCUUCGGUGCAGUCGAGCUCGCCAAGACCAUGGGAGAAGACGAGAAUCUUGUCAUCUGUCUGUCAGGGCGAGGUGACAAGGAUGUACAGUCUGUGGCUGAAGAGCUACCGAAGAUUGGGCCAAUGAUUGGAUGGGACUUGCGGUUUUGAAGGGCAGAUGAAGCCGGUGGAUCAAAGUCACUAUGAUAUAUGAUAAUAACACGC